AUGGGACCUCUAUCCUUUAAAGAGGCCUUCUUACAUUCAACAAUAUUCUUAUUACUUGUUACGGUUUUCUUAUCUCUUUUUGUUAAUUUCGGUUCUUGUGAUGAAGUUGAUGCCCUCCUUAGAUGGAAAGCAAGCCUCUAUAACCAAAACAAUAGCACUAUUCUUCUUUCUUCAUGGACAGACAAAAAUCCGAACAACAUUUCAGGUAAAGUGUCUCCAUGUAAUUGGUUUGGAAUUUCAUGUAGUUCCAAUGGGAGCAUUAACAGAUUGAACCUAUCGUCGUCCGGUUUAAGUGGUACACUUGAUAAUUUCUCGUUCUCUUCUUUUCCGAAUCUUGCUUAUUUUGAGCUUAGUUUUAACAAUUUUUCUGGGAACAUCCCUUCUGAAAUUCGUUACCUGUCUAAACUUGUUUAUCUUGAUUUUUUUUCUAAUCAAUUUUCCGGGAUAAUUCCACCGGGAGUUGGACAGAUAAAAAAUCUUGUCACCCUUUACUUGUAUAACAAUCAGUUAAAUGGUUUGAUUCCGCCAUCCAUAUGUCAGUUAAGGUCCCUAAGUUUGCUUGCUUUGAGUAAUAACUCUCUUUCCGGUUCAAUUCCUACAUGUUUCAAUGUGUUGUCCAAUCUUAGUUAUAUUCGUCUCAACGACAAUAGUAUUUCUGGUUCCAUUCCUUCUGGACUAGGAAACCUUUCUAAUCUAAAUGAGCUUUAUUUGCACAACAAUUUUCUCACUGGGUCUAUUCCAACUACUUUUGUCAAUUUAAAGAAGCUAACCGACUUAAUUAUUGCCAAUAAUCGGUUAAAUGGAUCAAUCCCCAUGGAAAUAGGUACUUUGGUCUUACUUGAACGUAUUGAGCUACAAACAAAUGAUAUCACUGGUCCAAUUCCUACGUCUUUAGGUGAGCUCAGAUCCCUUUAUCUUCUUCGUCUCUACCAAAACAAACUUUCUGGUCCCAUUCCAGAAGAGCUAGGAAAUUUGGUAUCCCUUUCUAGUCUACAAUUAGGUGAAAACCGACUCAAUGGUUCAAUCCCAGAUUCAUUUGGUAACCUACAAAAUUUAAAAAUUCUGAAUCUCAGGGUUAAUCAAUUUUCUGGUCCUAUUCCAGAAGAUUUAGGGAAGCUGAAAUUAGUUACAAUAGAAAUUAGCGGGAACAAUUUUACUGGUAGUUUACCCGAUAAUAUCUGCAACGGAGGGAAACUUGAGAUUCUUAUAGUCAUCAACAGCAAACUGACCGGUCAAAUCCCCAAGAGCUUGUACAACUGUUCCAGCUUGAUCCGACUACGACUAGAUAGAAACGAGCUCACUGGAGAUGUUUCUGAGAGCUUUGGUAUCUAUCCACGCCUCAAUUACAUCAGCCUCACCGACAACAAGUUUUUCGGUGAGAUCUCAGAUAGCUGGAGUAAGUGCAAGAACUUAACUGCGAUACAGAUGGGAGGGAAUCAAAUCAGUGGCAAGAUACCUGCCUCCCUUGGAAACUCUCUUCAACUAGAAGUACUUAAUUUCUCUUCCAACGAUUUGGUUGGAGAGAUACUUAAAGAACUUGGAAGAUUGACUCAGUUGGGGGUACUUCUUUUAGGCAAUAACAAACUGUCUGGUGUCGUACCUCCUGAUCUAGGAUUGCUAGUUGACCUCUCGUUGCUAGACCUUUCCAUGAAUGUGCUGAACGGGUCAAUUCCAUCCUUUCUAGAUAAUUGGUCCAAUUUAUUCAGCUUAAACUUGAGCAACAACAGAUUUACGGAUAAAAUUCCAGAGCAAAUAGGUAGAUUGUAUCAACUAUCUAUUCUUGAUCUGAGUCUCAACUCACUCACCAGUGAGAUACCUUCUGGAUUUUCUGGUCUAAGUAGUUUGGAAAACCUCAAUCUUUCACAUAAUAAACUUUCUGGUUAUAUUCCAAAGAGUUUGGAAUCAGUGAAUGCCGUCUGGAAUAUUGAUCUAUCAUACAACCAGUUAGAAGGUCCUAUUCCCAAUAGCAAAGUCUUUAGUAAUGUUUCUAUAGAAGCACUAAUAGGGAAUAAAGGUUUGUGUGGUGAUGUCAGCGGACUGAAACAAUGUGCAUCAGCAAGGCAAGCCUCGAACAAGAAGCGCAAGCUUGCACUCACGAUUUCACUUCCACUGAUUGGAGCCCUUUUACUUGGCGGUCUCAUGGCAGCUUUUGUUUUCUGUAGAUGGAAAUCGAAGAGAAUGUUGUCAUCACCACAAAUGGUAGAUGAAAAUAUUUAUAUCGAGGAUUUCUUUUCGAUUUCAAUGUUUGAUGGUAGGGAGACUUACCAAGAAAUCCUAAAGGCAACCAAUGAGUUUAACGAAGCAUAUUGCGUUGGUAAAGGUGGGUGCGGAAGUGUCUACAAAGCAAGGUUGACAUCUGGUGAUACUGUAGCGGUAAAGAGACUUUACUCGUAUGCAUCCUCUGAGUUAAUCAAUCGUAUGGACUUUCUGAACGAGAUCAGAGCAUUGACCAGAAUACGUCACCGAAACAUUGUAAAGCUACUUGGCUACUGUUCACAUGCUGAAAACUCAUUUUUGAUUUAUGAGUAUCUUGAAGGGGGUAGUCUAGCUAGUAUUUUGAGCAACAACAACACUGCUCAAAUUUUAGAUUGGGGGAAAAGGGUGAACAUCAUCAAAGGUGUUGCAUACGCUUUAUCUUACAUGCACCAUGAUUGUUCACCUCCUAUCGUUCAUCGAGACAUAUCAAGCAAAAAUAUUUUGCUUGAUAAAGAUUAUGAAGCGUGUGUGUCCGAUUUUGGUACAUCAAAGAUCUUGAACCAAGAAUCUUCGAAUUUGAGUCACUUAGCAGGAACAUAUGGAUACCUUGCUCCAGGUACAUUUAUUUUAUCAUCACUAAUGUAUUUACACAAAUUAACACGUAUCUUCCUUAAGAGCACUAGCUAGCAGCGCACCUCCCAGGCUCCCGCCACUAGUCUCUCUCGGCAUCACAUUAGAAACCCACCACUUAUUUAAUCCGCACUGUCAGAUCUAAAAAGAAAAGAAAAGAAAAAAACAAAACAAAACAGAACAGAACCACUCAACAACUCAUGUUAGCAACCACGAAUAGUGUGACUCCUGGUCGAAGGGAUAACAAGUUGAUGACGAGCCACUUGUGGUGGCACUGCUACUGCUCUAAGGACAUUAAUCGUGUGUUUAAUUUUUUUAACUUUUGCAGAUUAGCUCACACAAUGAAGGUAACAGAAAAGUGUGAUGUAUAUAGCUUCGGUGUUUUAGCAUUGGAAGUCAUCAAAGGAGAGCAUCCAGGUGAUACAAUAAUUUCUCUAAUAUCUCCACAGCUGAAGGACAAGGUUGACCUUAAAGAUUUGAUAGAUCAACGUCUUCCUGUUCUGCUCCCGGAUAUCAAAAAAGUUAUAACGCCAAUAUUGAUUCUAGCGAAAAGAUGUGUUAAUUCAAACCCCGAAAAAAGGCCUACAAUGUAUGAUGUUGUACAAACAAUUGCAUCAUUUCUUUGCGACACAACGUACAAACAGUAAUAAGGUUGUGUAGUAUGUUCAGUUCUAUGUUUUUAAA